AUGAAGUGGCUUUGGGUGGUGGCUUUUGUGGCACCCGCCUGCACCAUUCCCUACAACGGCACGGCGAGCAGCACUGGGGACAGAGGCCGCUGCGCCCUGCAGCACGGCACCCUGGGCACCGAGGUGCUACUGCGGUGCCCGGCUGCAGCAGGGGGGCCAGCUGAGUGGCGCCGGGGGGGGACUGUCCUGGGAACGUAUCCUGCACCGGGGCUGGCCCUCCCCAAUGCCAGCCUGGCCCACGAGGGCCACUACAGCUGCCACCACCCUGGCACCGGCGAGACCUGGGCCACCAUCUGCCUGCGGCUGGGCUAUCCCCCUGCACUGCCUACCGUCGAGUGCUGGGCCAUCAGCUACCCGCAGGCAGUGAACUGCUCCUGGGUCCUGGCCCCCGAGCCACUGCUGGACACCGACUUUGUGGCCACGUACAGGCAUGGCUUGUGGGGGGCCACAGAGACGAGCGAGUGCGUCCGCACGGGGCCGCGGAGCUGCUCCUUUGGGGACGUGCAGAUGUUCUCCCUCACCCCCUACGUGGUGAACGUGACGGCCGUGAACGCCCUGGGCGCUGCUUCCAGACUCCUGCCCUUCCUCCUGGAGAACAUCAUAAAGCCGGACCCCCCUGAAGACCUGCGGGUCUCACCCAUCCCCGGGGAGACCAAGAAGCUGCUGCUGGAGUGGAGCCCGCCGGGGUCCUGGCCCUUCCCGGAGUACUUCCCGCUGAAGUAUCGCAUCCGCUAUGCCCGGGAGGAGGGCUCUGUCACCAAAACGAUCGGGCCAUAUGAGCAGACAUCUUACACCCUGACGGGAGUGCGACCUGGGACCCUCCACCACAUCCAGGUGGCUGCCAAGGACUUCACAGACUCCGGGGAGUUCAGCGCCUGGAGCCUGCCGGCCUCGGGGACACCCUGGAUGGAGCCAUGACAGGCAGAGCUGGGGCCAACGUCUCCUUCCCCAUCCUGCUCCUCUCCCUCGUCCCACCGAGGGACCCCACACGCCCCAGCCGCUCUCUGUCCCCACGUCCCCAGCAGCGUGGAGCCACCAGUACUGGAGGGACCCACCAGAAACAGGCAAUAAACCAGCUUGAGG